CCAACAAAGAAAAGCAACUAAGAACCGCUAUAAGAAAAACUAUGAUGUCGAAGAAGAAAGAAAGCAUCGGACGACAAAAAAUUCCAAUGGUGAAAAUAAAGAAAGAGAGCCACCGGCAAGUCACAUUCUCGAAACGCAGAGCUGGUCUCUUCAAGAAAGCUAGUGAGCUUUGCACGUUGUGUGGUGCAGAGAUUGGGAUCAUCGUGUUCUCUCCCGCGAAAAAGCCUUUCUCAUUCGGACAUCCGAGUGUCGAAUCUGUAUUGGAUCGUUACAUGUCUCGAAACAAUAUGUCCUUAGUUCAGACGCAGCAACCGCAAGGAAGCCCUGCAGCGAGCUGCGAGCUGAAUAUGCAGUUAACGCAUAUUUUGAGCGAGGUAGAGGAAGAGAAGAAGAAAGGUCAAGCUAUGGAAGAAAUGAGAAAAGAGAGUGUGAGGCGGUCGGUGAUCAAUUGGUGGGAAAAGCCAGUAGAGGAGAUGAAUUUGGUUCAGUUACAAGAAAUGAAAUAUGCAUUGGAGGAGUUGAGGAAGACGGUUGUGACAAAUAUGGCGUCGUUUAAUGAGGCGAAAGACGAUGUUUUUGGUUUCUUGGACAACAAAGUGACGGCUCCUCCUUACAUGAACAUGUCUUCUGGUCUCUCAAGUAUUUAUUAUGCCAACGGAAAUGGUUGUUUCUGAUCACAAAUGCUUUUGGUUUUUGUGAUUUUUUUUUUGGUAGCAAUAGAAAGAAAAAUGAAUCAAAUAACUUGUAGGCUAGUAUCUUGCUAGCUGUAUUUUCUUUCUUCAAAUUAUUUUUGUUUCUUUAGCACCAUAGAGAUAAUAUGAUAAAUGGAUUCAUGUCAA